GUAAAUAGGUAGAAUUUGGUGGUCAAAGAUCAAGAUCACUGUGACCUCACAAAACACAUUUUUGCCCAUAACUCAAGAAUUGUGAAGACAUUUUAUAUCCCAAAGGUCAACUUCACUGUAACAUCAUAAUGUUCAGCAAAAACUCUUGAAGCUCUUUAUCAGUCCUCUUUACUCCUGUUUAAAAAUUGUCUCUAAGUGAAGACAGCAUGUUUCUAACUGGAGGUUAUUCACUGGAAUCUCAAUGUCAAUAUAGUGACAUUCCAUUUUGCCAAAAAAUACAUUUUAUUAAAUUCCUUCAAAGUCGUCACUACGUAUAUUAUAUGAGCCUGGACAGACAUGGAUGUAAACAGCAACUUGACUGGUUGGCAGAGGCAUACAACCACAAUGCAGUAAUUGUAGUUUGAUUCUGCUUAAUACAGUGUUCUGAAACUCCAUUUAUCAACCAAAUUAUCAAACCAAAAACUUAAUGUUCUUAUAGAAUGUGAGGCUGUUCUGAUUGGUUUUUAGUGAAAUCACUGAUUUGACAUAAAUCGUUAAAGAAAACAAAUGCUACAGUAGAAAUUGAGAAAAAAAACACUGUACCUUUACAUUACAAGUUCUUUAAGUUGCAGUGUUUGUGAAAAACAUCUUUAAAAGUGGUCUUUGUUUGUUCCUAUGAUAUUCGGAGUAAUUAUUAGUUGCAUAAUGUGUCCAAAGGUAACUUUGCAUACAUUGUUAUUUAUGGACAUCACUGCAUUGUAUGUGAAAAGAAGCAGAGAGUCUAUUGGAUGUUGUAAAGACAUCAGAAGAGGUUUUUCCAUGCUUAGUCACUCGUUGUUUGAGUGCAUCUUGGAACAUCUACCUUGACCUUAACAUAUAUAAUGAAAACAAAUAUUUUAAACUUGAUGUCCUUGAUUAAUUGGUUGAUUAUGGUAUAACUGUGAUAAGCUUAAAUGAAACAAGACCUGAAGUCACCCCAUUGUUUGAUAACAUAUUGAUUUACUCAUUAAACUUGGUCUAAUCAUUUGCAAGGUGCCAUAAAUGUGUGCACUGAAGUCCUUCAUCUCCAUGGCCACGUAUACAAUCAAUCAUUAAUGUUUAAUAAAGAAAAGAAGCUGGCUAUAAGACUCAGCCGCAGGUCUGGUAGUGAUACCAUCAGUGAGGAAUAAGGCAAAUGGUAUGGAUGUAAGGAUGCACUGGUGCAUGAAAAAACUGGACUAAUUACACAGUUUAAAGAAUGCUAAACGCAUUUAUGUCUAGGUUGGAUGUUGACUGGAAAAAAAUGUGAUGUUGACAUGACGGUGCAGUAAAGAUUUUUGAUUUUUCUUUCCCCGUGAUGUUCAGUCAGAAUGGAAGAAGCUGAAGACAGUAUUGCAGUAGUAGGCAUUGGAUGCAAUUUUCCAGGGGGAGAAGGGCUUGACAACUUCUGGAAGGUUCUGGUGGAUGGAAGAAACUGUUCUGUGCCAAUUCCCAAAGAGAGAUUUGAUUUAGCCAGCUGGUAUGACCCUGAUGACAACAAAGCGGGUAAAUCCCGCACAGCCAAGGCUGCUCUCAUUGACGGGUUUAAUGAAUUUGACCACAAGUUUUUUGGCAUCAGUGACAGUGAAGUGGAACAAAUGGACCCUCAACAAAAACAGCUCCUUCAGUGUGUCUACAGGGCUUUAGAGAAUGCUGGAAUUCCUAUGGAGAAGGCCAGUGGGACCAGGACAGGAGUGUUUUUUGGUCUAAUGAACAGAGAUUAUGAGACAAAUGCUGCACACGUGCACCCAAGUGUGAUCAACCACUGGACUGGCACAGGGCUUGCCAUGAGUAUUGCAGCAAACAGAGUCUCCUACAUCUUCAACUUCACUGGGCCCUCACUGUCCAUAGACUGUGCCUGCUCAUCAUCUCUCGUGGCUCUUCAUCUUGCCUGUCAAGCCAUUAAACAAGGUGAUUGUGACAUGGCUGUUUGUGGAGGUGUCAACUGUAUCAUAGAGCCAAGAGUGUUUGUUGCUCUCAGCAAGGCCAAGAUGAUCUCACCUGAAGGCACCAGCAAACCUUUCUCCAACAGAGCAGAUGGUUAUGGCAGAGGGGAGGGCUGCGGGGUUGUUCUCCUGAAGCCUCUGAAAAAGGCUAUACAAGACCAUGACCAUAUCUGGGGUGUCAUCAGCAAAACAGCAGUCAACCAAGAUGGACACUCAGUCACUCCAAUCACCAAACCGUCCAUGACCCAACAAGAGGAACUCCUGCGUAAAAUCUACUCAGGGUCUGACCUUGCAAAUGUCCAGUACAUAGAGGCACAUGGGACUGGAACUCCAGUUGGAGAUCCAACAGAGGCAGGAAGCAUCUCAAAUGUCAUUGCUAAAGCCAAACCUCCUGGUUCAGAGACACUGCGGAUUGGCUCUGUGAAGAGCAACAUUGGACAUACAGAAUCUGCAGCUGGAGUGGCCGGACUCAUUAAGGUUCUCUUAAUGAUGAAGCAUGAGACCAUUGUUCCCUCAGUUUUUUACUGUGAAGAAACUGCCAGUGUUGAUGCCAAAGCCCUCAACAUUAAAGUUCCUAAGGAAGCAGAAAAGUGGGAUGCCUCCGGGGCAAGAAUUGCAGGAGUGAACAACUUUGGCUUUGGGGGUACAAAUGCACACGCCAUUGUCAAACAGUACAAACAGUCACACAUUGAGCAAAAGAUUGAUGGGAAACAGGCAAAGUAUUUUGUCAUGUCUGCAAAUUCACCAAAAUCUCUUACUCUGAUGAUGGAAGACACCAUUAAACAGCUAGAGGCAGAUAGCAAAGUUAAUCUAGAUUCUCUGCUGUACACAUCAGCUUGUAGGAGGAGCCAUCUAAAACAUAAAUACAGAAAGGCCAUUGUGGUUUCAUCUGUAGUUGAUCUUAAAGAGAAGUUAAGUGCCACUGUAGCCAAAAAGAUUAACCCGUCCUACUCAGAUCCACGGUUAGUGUUUGUCUUUUGUGGAAAUGGCGUCACUUACCAUGGCAUGUGCAAACAGCUACUAAAACACGAGCCUGUGUUCAGGAAUAAGAUCAAAGAGAUUGAACAAAUUUUCCAAAGACUGGGUACGUUGAAAAUCUUGGACACACUUGAGAGUGAGUUUGAGGGUAGUGACUUCCCACUUGUUGUCCAGCCACUCCUUUUUGCUAUCCAAGUUGGCAUUAGCACCCUACUCAGACACUGGGGUGUCAAGCCUGAUGCAAUACUUGGACACUCUGUUGGCGAGGUUGCAGCUGCUCACUGUUCUGGCCUAUUGUCUCUUGAGGAUGCAGUAAAAGUAAUCUAUUUCCGCAGUACCCUCCAGAGCAAAGUCAUUGGGGGGAAGAUGUUUGUGAUCAGCAACAUGGCUGUAUCAGAGGUAACUGCUCUUCUCCCUCAUUACUCUGGUAGAAUUUGCCUUGCUGCUUUCAACAGCCCGCAGUCCUGCACCCUCUCAGGUGAUGCAGAUGCAAUUGAGAGCCUCCAUAAGGAACUAAGCACCUCAGCCAACAGUCAGAAUGUGUUCCUUCAUGUACUAGAUGUCCCUGCUGCUUACCACAGCCACAUGAUGGACCCAAUUCUGUCAGAAAUCGAGGAGACAAUUGGCUCCUUACAGGUGAAUGAUCUCGACACAGAGUUGUUCUCAACAGUGACAGGCAAUGAAGUCCAGCAGGGUGAUUUCUGCACAGGGGAAUACUGGGCUAGAAACAUUCGUGAGCCAGUAGCUUUUGAGCAGGCAGUGAGGUCAGCAACUGAAGGAAAGAAGAAUACAGUCUUUUUGGAGAUAGCGCCAAGAAGGGUGCUACAGAGAAACAUCAUGGAAUCUCUGGGUAAUGACACAGCUGUUCUUGCAUCAGUGCAGCCAAAGAAAGAUCAUGAAACAAUAAUGUCUGUUGUUUCUAAGCUGUUCGAACUGGGUGUCCAUGUAAAUUGGAACACCUUCUACAGAGGAUAUGAGACAAUACCACUUCCUAUACUGAAAUACCAGUUUGAUUGCUCAGACAGAGAUGUUAUCAUUGGCGCGGCACACAAAAACACAGCACGUAAUCAUCCUGUGCUCUGUCAGACAGGAAAUGAAAGCAACGUUUUCAGCUGUGAUCUGAAGUCUGAUUCUUGUUUCUACCUGAAAGAGCACAAGCACAAUGAUAUACCCAUCAUCCCUGGUGCCUUCUAUGCUGAGUUAGGUUUAGCUGCAUUCAUGGCCAGUGCCAAACCAAAAGUGCCGCUCAGCUCACUACAGCUCAGUGUCAAUUUUCACAGUCCAUUUGUUUUAACCCAGAAUUCACCUGAAAUGAAGGUGCAACUAGAAGAAAAAGAGAAAGAAACUAGUUUCAUGGUACUCUCUCCAUCUGCAGUGUAUGCAUCAGGCACAGUGGUUUCAAAGAAAGAGAGGCUGAAUGAGGAGCAGUGCAUUUCACUAAGCUCCAUCUACAAAAGAUGCAAAUCUGUAGUGAGCUCUCAGGAAUUCUAUGGGUAUCUCUCUCAAGGAGGCUUUCAGUAUGGUGAUGUCUUCCAGAAUAAGGGGGAUGUGCACUAUGGAGAAGAUCUCAAGGAGGCUUUUGCAGCUGUCACAGUUCCAGAAGAACUGCAGUCUCAGUUGCAUGAUUACUGCAUUCAUCCUGUUGUGCUGGAUUUUCUGAUGCAGCUUCUCCCAGUUACAGUAGAGCACAUUUUUGCUGGUAGACCAGGAUUUCCUUCAAAAAUAGGAAGUUUGACAGUGCUUGAACCCUUGCAAGAUGAGAUGAUUGUCUAUCUGAGAGCAAUUGAUGUGGGCCUUGAUCACUUUGAGGUUUGUGGUUGCUUUGCAGAUAAAGAAGGAAGAGUGCUGGUUGAGGUUAAGCAUGUGAUAAUCAAGUACCUUGGCAGUCACUCUCAUGUGGUUGAGGAGUAUUUCUACCAUAAUGCCUUUAGUGUCAUCCCUGAAGGCCUCACAUCUGCUCCUCCUCCUAAGGCCUUGGUCUUCUGUGACUGUAUAGGGAUCUCUAAAGGCCUUCAACAAUAUUUGGACUCAAGGUCUAGAUACAUUUCCUUCACACAUGCAAAAUAUAUCUUGAGUCAUGGGUUUCCUUCUCUCUUGGCAAAUCACAAUAUAACGGAUAUUGAGAAAAACUUUGAUGAGGUCUUAUUUUUGUGGGGCAAAGAAAACCUCACUUCACUGGCAGCUGAUGUUGUCCUGCAGAACUUGGCGAGCUGCUGUGAGAUUUUCCGCCAAAUAGUCCUUGAGCUAAAGAGAAUUAGCUUCCCAAAUUCCAUUAGGGCAGUCACCUACUGUUCAUCUGACAUCACACUAGACCACAUAAGUCCAGGUUUUGCUCUUGUUGGCAUGACAAGAUCAUUUGCUGCAGAGAUACCAGAUCUUUUAUUUCAGCUGAUUGAUAUAAGCACAAUCUCUGCUAAGGACAUUGCAGCUCUGUCUGAGGUCCUAAGAUCAUGUCCUUGCAGCAAGUACCCAGAGUUGGUGGUGAAAGAUGGGCUGAUUCUGAAACCUUCUAUUGUCCGUACUCCACCUGAAAUCAUUGACAGUUCAGAGGGCAGUUUUACCUCUACAAUGUCUGAACCCUGCAUCCUUCAGACAGCUGACACACAUAAGAUGACUCAACUGAGUGCCAUUCGCUUUGGGGAGGAGGCCCAGCCAAUCAGUGAUACAUCAGUUGAAAUUCAGCCCACUAAUAUAUGUGUUCAUUCAUCUGAUUACUUCCCUGUCAGUGCUUCACAUCUGAAAUUUGGCCAGACACUGUACUGGAACAAACACUCAUCACAGAAUCAUAAGCUACUGGCUCUUGAUUUCAGUGGUACUAUUACAGCAGUCGGAAAAUAUGUCAGGAAAUUUAAAGUGGGAGACCACGUUGCUUCCUGUUAUCCUGUGGUGGCAGCCAGCAAGGUCAGAGUUCCAGCGGAUGUGUGCUACAGUGCCAAGCGGUUCCCAUUCCUUAAAAAAACACCCUGUGUUUCCUACUUUGUGCUAGCAUGGGAGAUCCUGCAUCGAGCCUUGCCCAGAGUCAAACAUAAUCUAGGAAUCAUAUCUUCUGUGCCUGAUACUGCUCUGAUGAAAGUAUUGGCACUCACUUCUUACAAGUCAGGUUGGAACGUGAUUGUUGGCACACAGUGCAAUGGCUCUUUUGUAGAUGUCAAUCAAAUGGAUGCAUUUGUCAUCCUGCCUCCAUUUAAUGAAUCUUUGAUUGCUAAAAUUUGCAACUUUCCAGGUGUCCAACAUGUUGUCUUCAUCUGCGAAUCUCAGAUGCAGUGUUCCUUUGCUCAGGAUGUGUUCCAAAGUGUAAAGGAAAGUGUUCAUGUGCAGACAAUUCAGAUGCCAGCCAUUUUGCGAAAGGGAUCCUUGAGUGCACAAAGGCCACACAUUUAUCACUGGCUGAAGUCCUUGAGCUUGCGCAGAAAAUUUGUUCUUGAAAGCUUUACCUUUCAGAGUGUGAAAUCUGAAAGCACCAAGAGCCUUAAUGCAGAGAAACCACAAUCAUACUUCAACUCAAAGAAGCUGGCUGUUGUGGCUCUGGAAAAAGAUGUCAGCAGUACGCUGUCUGACAUUCCAUUGCUGCCAACAAAAAAACUGCUUUUCCGAAAGAGAGCAGUGUACAUAGUGGCAGGUGGUCUUUCUGGUCUGGGCUUUGAAACCGUCAAGUUCAUUUCGCAAAGAGGGGGUGAGUACAUUGUCAUACUUUCCAGGAGCAAGCCUACACCAGAUGUGCAGCAAGAGAUACGCAAUGUGGAGAAACAGUGUGGAAACUGCAUCACUACCAUGGAGUGUGACAUAUCUGAGUCUGAGCAUGUGCACAAGGUUAUCAGUGUCAUCGGUCAGAAAUUCCCUGGUUGUCCAAUCAGAGGAGUGUUUCACAGUGCUGUUGUCUUGCAUGAUGGGCUGAUUGAAACUCUUGAAAGAUCUCUUUAUGAGAAAGUCUUCAAACCAAAAGUAAAUGGUGUGCUGAAUUUGCACCAUGCAACACAGCACUGUCAGUUGGAUUACUUUGUGUGUUACUCCUCCAUCUCAGCUUUUCUGGGAAACGCAUCGCAAACAAACUAUGCAGCAGCCAACACAUUCCUUGACAUGUUCUGCCAGUACCGGCGGAAACUCGGGCUUCCUGGACAGUCUAUCAACUGGGGAGCUCUAAACCUUGGCCUCCUAUUGAACAAGGAACAUUUCCAGCGGUUUCUGGAGGCAAAAGGGAUGAUGGUGUUGGAUGUGGCUGAGAUUCAUAAAAGUCUGGAGCAAUGUCUUGUGCUCAAUCGACCCCAACAGGCUGUUUGUAGGUUUCACUUCGGAAACAUCAGAUACAACAUCCUCUCUCAAAAUGCAGCCUUGACCAUGCGCCUGUCUGCAUUGGUAGAGGAAGCUUUCCAAAAAUCCAAAGAGACAGAUUCUCAGACUAAACAAACUAAAUCUGUCUCACCAAAAGAGUAUGUCGUCUCUCUGCUUUGUGAGACCAUUGGCAUGGAUAGAAGUGAGCUGAAAGAUGAAUCACCUCUUUUAUCCUUAGGCAUUGACUCCAUGCAGGCCAUGACUCUACAGAAUCUUAUCUUUCAGGAGAGAGGUGUGAAUGUGCCUUUGGUGAAAUUGUUGGAUCCCAAUGCCACGCUAUCAACAGUAGUAGCUUUACUAAGUGAAGAAGGUGAAAAUUUCAGUGAUGACACAGAGUAUCUUCCAGUUGGAGACAUGAAUGAUGUUUCUACCAGAUUGUAAAAAUGACAAAUGCAGACACAGAAAUGUUAAAAUCAGUUAUCAGAACAUCAUUAUACUGGACUGGUUUAAAUUGUGUUAUUGGAUUCAAUAGAAGGCUUAUGAUGGCCAUUGCAAUACAACAGCAUUUUUGUGUUAAUACCACAUGUUCAUACUGUAUUUUGCCUAUUUUGUUGUCUUUUUUUUGUAAAUGUUUGGCUCAGGUUUUUUGCUUUGGUUCAUUUUGGUAUUGUAGUUUUACAUUGUUAUAACCAUACACCAUGUUAUUUUUUGGAGACAUGCCCAAUUUUUAAUGAAUGUUUUGUAUCAGUUUUAUUCAUUCUGUUCAUGAAAGCAUCAAAACAGUCAGCAUUACAAUUAAAUACACAAUUAUUGUUGCUAAAUUAUGAUUUUAAUAGUGAAUACUUUAUUUAAAUUAAGUAUAUUCUUUAUUUUAUUAUAUUCAUUUUCAAUACAUUUUGUAUUUAAUUUUUCAAGUCUGUCACAGGGUUCGGUCCUCAUAAUACUAAAAUCAACUUACUUUUGUCUGCAUGUUUUACAUUCACUCAUCUCUCACAGGAUGGUCAGCUCAUUGAUUCUGAUUGAUUAUCACUUUUAUGAUGAUGAUGGAACAAAGCAUGUGAUGCAGUAUUCUGGCAUGUUCCAUAAAUGUUCAAUAGGGGGAACUGUAUGAUUAUUGAGACUUUUGCUGACCACUAAUUUAUCACAUCAUGUGAUAAGAGCAUUGCUCUCCUAGAGGACAUUGCCACCACAAGGACAUACAAAUAAAAUGAAAACAGAUACAGUAAUCUAUCAUGUUAGUGUUUACAGCCCUGUUUUCCUACUAAAACUAAAUUAAAAUCACAACUAAGCAGUUUCCUCCGUUCAAUCAAGAAAUUUUUGGCUAUACGAUAUGGUGUUGCAACUAAUGCAGAACAUUGUACCUUUUUGCCAUCAUAGCAUCAUUGCAGUUUGCAAUUGCAAUUGACACAAGAGUUUCGGGAGUGGCUCCAAAUUGGUGCAGUCAUGGCCUAUUUUGUCUGUUCACAUUUCCAAAAAUCAGCUAUGCUUCAAUGAUUACAAAUAUUACAAAAUCUAAAAAAUAUGUAGUUUCAAAAAUCCAUUUGAAAGUCAAGACAAUGUAUUUUUGUAUGCUAAACGUGUGUAAGUGUAAGUGCAACAUCCAAACAAUGACAAUGACAGUGGAGUUCCAUGGCAUGAAGACUCAAACUAUAUCAGACUUUGGCUACACAAACAAUACUUGAUAGUAGGAUAAAUUAAUUGUGGCAUAAAUAAACAUAAAAUAACACCAGC